GUUGUUUUGGCAGUGAUGAUUGUGUUCAUCUCUUUGCUGAAUAGCUUCACCCCUUGUCAUGGUGUCGAUGUGAUGCAGUGUGUGGUCCGGCCAUGUCAAUAAUUGUCAUCCCUGGUGAGAGUCUGCAUGCUUACACAACCUGUUACUUUUAGAACCACCAGCUACCGCCGCACUGGCAAUCGGACUGAAGACUGUGAUGCCUAGCGGUUGUGCUGAUGCAGAGGAACUACCGGUACUCGACUGAGUGGAAGGACCUUAGGUAGUCAGUUCAGUCAUGCUACCUCUGCUGUCAUUGCUGCUGCUGGUUGUUGUUCUUCGAGUGGAGCAAGUGAAAGGACAGAGUCGUGAAGCCUUCCUACCGGAGCUUGAGUCACUGAGACAGGAACACACAUUGGCUGUGGGAAGCAAUGUCACUCUGGAUGCGCCAUUGCGCAACACACCAUACCCCCUGCCUAGAGUCAUCUGGGCGUACCAAGCGCCGGGGACAAACUUCACCAGGGUAGCACAGUACGUGCUAAACGAGGAAGCAGGGUCGGUGAGCUAUAGCAUCGGGCGUGUUGCAGUGAACAACAGCGGCAAGUAUGCAGCUUACAUUUUCAACUCUGUUGGUGGGACAGUGGCAAGUUUUCAACUCAAUGUCACCUAUUUCUGCUCUUCUACCAACACAACAGACUUGAAAGGACAUAUCUCAUGGCCGUCGACAGUAUCAGGGUCCACUGCUGCUGUUGAAUGUCCCGUGAAAGACGAAACCGGACUUGCCAUUGCCAAUGCCUCGCGACAUUGUGAAGCUCCUACACAGCCUGCGGGGCCCGGUGUGACUGACGCAGUGUGGAGUAGUGCUGACACGUCUCCCUGUCCCUUUACCUCACCUACAACACACCGCUUGCAGCAACUAGCACAGAAGCCCUUAUCCGGUGCCAGUCCCAAUAUCCUGGUGGAGAGAACUGAAAAUGUGGCUACUCUAACACAAGAGAGUGCGGUUCUAUCAUCGGCAGACGUGGAGCUCACUGCAACAAUCCUUGCCGAGGUUGUUACCGUCUCUGCGGAUAAUCAAAACCUGACUCCAGGAGAGAGAAGGAAUAUAACAUCAUCCAUAGGUCGGAGUGUCAGCACAGUUAUCGAUGCCCUAGAAAGCCGCCUCACCAACGACCAAGAGGUGAUGGUAUCGGCAGACAUGUUUAUUGCCACCUUGGAGUCCCUCAGUAUGCUGGUCAGAGUUGACGCAGGCCAGACAUUCCGCCUCCCAACACCUAACGUGGACGUCAGUAUAGUAUGUCCGGACAGUCUUGAUCAGGACCUAGCUCUCAGAACGGUCAAGACCAAUCUAAGCAAUAACUCCAAUUCCUCCGGUGAGCUACUGGCGCUGGUUGGACCUCGUGCAGAGGCAAUUGAUGUCUCCAGGUCUGAAGUCUCGUUUGAUCUACCCAGCGCUGCAUUGCGCCUUGCAUCACAAUCACUAAUGGCUGGAAAUAUGUCAACUGGAGUGUGCCCGUUUACCCAAGUUCAGUUUACGGUGUAUCGGCUUAGCAGUCUCUUCAGUGACAGCAGCAACCUGGAUCCUGAUGUGUUUGUUGCGUCGGCUAUCGUGUCAGCGUCCGUUGGAGACCGUGUGAAUGGCAGUCUUCCAAACAAUACGCAGGCUAGGUUUGCACUAGCAGUCAACACAACAGUGGAUGACAUUACAAGGGCAAGCUACACAUGCAAGGUUUGGAAUUCCUCUCACAGAUUGUGGAGUUCAGAAGGCUGCCGGCUUGCUAAUGACUCUAUCCCUGGUCGGGUCCUGUGCAGCUGCGAUCGCCUGGGAAGUUUUGCUGUCCUGACGUCUGUUGGAGAGCCACUUUUCCGCAAAGAUGUACUACGGACAUUUGAUAUCCCAUUGAAUGAAACAGUGCAGUUCAGAAGCACACUGGUCCACCUGGCACGGCCAGCACCGGAGAUUGCCUGGUACUACAAUGGUGCAACUGUUCCCAUAAGUUGUGUAUCUGCAACUGAGCUCAACUGCUCCAUGUCUCCAGACAAACUGACCCUAACAAUACACACAGCGCUGGUUAGCAACGAAGGCCAGUACAAGCUCAGAGCAAGCAACAGACUGGGAAACGAUAGCCUGAUUUUCUCGCUGAACGUUUUCCAUGAGGAUGAAUGCCCGUUCGUCGGCUGCCAUGCGAACGCCAGCUGCCAACACCACGUCACCCCAUACCCUAUGUGCGUGUGCAUGAGUGGUUACCACGGAGAUGGCAUUGCGCAGUGCACUGAUGUGGAUGAGUGUAAUUCCGGCGGCCAUGAUUGCCAUGGCGACGCCAGCUGUUCCAACCUUCCCGGCGCCUAUGCGUGUCCAUGUCGGGCUGGCUACCGUGGCGAUGGCCGACGGGAUUGCUCUGACAUUGACGAGUGUGUGGAGAUGACGUCAUCCUGUGACCACGCUAGCAGAGCGACGUGUACCAAUACCGCUGGUCUAUAUCAGUGUGAUUGCGUCCCGGGAGCUGUUGGCGAUGGUGUCAACUGUCAAUUUCCAGCAUCACUACAACCAUUGUCAAUGCGCAGUAGGUCGUACUUCCUGGGAACCAGGGCAAGAGAGGUGUGCCAGUAUGAUGGCCACCCAGUACCAAACGUGACAUGGUGUAAGGUAUCCAGUGAUAAUGACACACUUUGCGUGGAUGUCCUCAGCCUUGGCAAUGCUAACACUGGAGGAGAUCAAGACGAGUGUAUUCCGCCUAAUGUUGUGUUGGAUUCCGUGCAGUCUCGCCUAACGUUGCAAAUCGAUGAUAUUGCCAUGUGCCAUGCUGGUCGGUAUCGCUGUGUCGCCGAAAACCCUGCAAACAACCAACCGGUGUCAAUCGAUGUUGAUUUGAUCAUUACAGAUGUGUACAGCUUUCAAGUUUCGGCCAAUUUCGCCAUCAAUCCACAAAUGCUUGACGUGUACAUCGAGGAUGAAGACCAGCUGAAGGCGGAUGUUAAAUCCACACUCGCAGAUGCUCUGGAGCCAAUCUCGUCAAUAUUCGAUGAGUCUGUGGAAACCAGUCUACUAAGGGAUUCGGAGUUAAUGGCUACUGUCGGUGUAGAGUUGUCUUCGCAAGACGUACAUAAUGAGAUUGGACAGGAUGAUAACAUUAUCGGUGGCAUGAAUGCAUUCUUCCUUCGGCAAGUCGCUCUGCGUGAAGGACGGCACUCUCUCCAAAUUCAGCCACUAUCUGUCAGCUUGCUUAGCUAUGAUUUCUGCCCAGUGGAAAACACAACCGACUUGAAAGGCUUCAUCAGGUGGCCUGAGACAAUGCGAGGAGUGAAUGCCAGCGUUGACUGUCCCGUAAGAGAUGAGGCUGGACUUGACAUUGCCAGUGCAAUCAGAGCAUGCAAUGGAAUCGCACGUGCAUCCCGCUUUGAGAGGCCUCUCUGGGGUAGCCCCAACACUAUGGAUUGUCCGUUCUUGUCACCAACAACACGCCAAUUGCAGCGAUUGUCGCAGGAAAAUAUCACUGACGCGAGUGCUGAAGUCCUUAUUGCAGUGACAGAAGACGUCGAGAACUUAACACGAGACGGCCCAUCUCUCUCGUCAGUGGAUGUACAAUUCACCGCUGCAAUUCUCGCUGAGCUUGUCAGCGUUUCUGCCAAAAGUCAAGAUCUGCAAUUUGAUCAGAGAAGGGAGAUAACAGCAUCCAUAGUUGUUACAGUUAGCUCCAUGGUCGACGUACCAGAAGACCAGCUGGCCAUCAGCCAGCAAACAUCCAAUUCACCGAGCAUGAUCAUUGAGGUCAUGGACUCUUUGAGCACUGUAGUCAGCGCUGAAGAAGGAAUGCCACUUCAGAUUUCCACAACGAAUGUAGACUUGGGCAUUGUUUGUCCGGCUAACCUCGAAGGUCAAUCCGUGAGACAAGUUGAAAGUGAUGUGAACGGCAGCUCUGAUACUGAUGGAGUAGGGAGGCUGCUGUUCGGACCCCAACAGGAGGCUAUUGAUGUUUCACGAGCAGAUGCUUCAUUUGAUGUGCCCGGGGAGGCGCUAAGAAUAGCGUCCAAUUUCCUGAUGCAAGACAAUCGGACAUCAGGAACCUGUCCGCGGGCACAGGCUCAGUUUGCCAUCUAUCGCAUACCCAGUCUGUUCAUGGAUUCAACCUUGGAGCUGUCUGUGUCGGUGGGGUCCGCCAUUGUCUCCGCCACAGUUGGUGAUUUAUCACGCAUCACGCUAGGUGAUGGCGACCCUGCACGUUUUGCACUGCUUGUCAACACCACCGUUGAGGAUGAUGUGCAGAUCAGCUAUAUGUGUAGUUUCUGGAACACCACGCACAGAAUAUGGAGCUCAGAAGGCUGUAUGCUUGUCAAUGACUCCAUCCCCGAUCACAUUGUGUGCAGUUGCAACCACUUGACCAAUUUUGCUAUCCUAACUACUAGAAAAGCGCUGGAGCAGCGGCCCAAAGACCAGAGGGCACUCAGCAUCAUCUCCUACAUAGGCUGUGGUUUCUCGUUCAUAGGACUGCUUGCUACCUUGAUAAGCAUCGUCACACUGAAGAAGUUACGCGGCAGCACACACCACCGUUUGCUGUUUGGCUUAUGCAGCACACUAGCAGCAGUCAUUGUCGUGUUUGUCUUUGGCAUUGAGGCUACCAGCAACCCAUCAACGUGUCGUGCCAUUGCUAUUCUUCUGCACUAUCUCCUCCUGAUGGCAUUCAUGUGGAUGUCAGCCAAGGCUACCCUUCUCUACUUUCAGAUUGUCCGACCGCUGUACGUUCUGCCGUCAUGGUUCAUGCCCUGUCUUAUGCUGGCUGUGGCUGUUGUGCCAUUCAUUGUGCUAGCUAUAACAGCCGGUGUCACACGAUUGGAUGCCUAUGGACAUGACGUAUACUGCUGGAUCCGUGACAGGAACAUCUUCUACGCUGGCUUUGCCACUCCAAUGUGCGUCUCCCUCGUGUACAACAUGUUGGUGCUGCUUGUCGUGCUGAAGACCUUGCGCAACAGGGCCGAGUCGGUUUCCACCCUUCAAAAGUCCGGCGGAAAGCUGUACCUGCUGCGCGUCACCACCUCGCUGAGUCUGCUCCUGGGUGUCACGUGGCUGCUAGGUUUGCUGUCGGCAUUUGUAGAUCACGUGUCAGUGCAGUAUGUGUUCUCCAUUAGUAACACACUUCAGGGCCUGUUCAUCUUCAUCUUCAACAUCGCCAUAGCGCCCGAUGUCAAGAAAGAGUGGGUAUCAGUACUCACCAGUGGGCGUGCAUACCUUGGCACUGCGGCUGCUUCAAACGCCAGGCACAAGGAAGGCUUGCGUGGAGUACUGGUGGGAAGGUCCAGGGGUGGUGUACAUUCCGCUCGGCACUCUGGCGUCAAUGUGUCACCACCCUUGGCACCGUCACAGCGAUACUACCGGGAACAGCAGCUGGGCCGGCUUACGUCAGACCUAACCAUGUACAAUGCGUCCGUCCGGUCGGAUGAUGGAGAUGAGCAUGGCUGUCCACGCCGCUACUCUGUUCUGAGUGUGGCGGACUUUGAAGAGAUGAGUGGAUUGACACGUAGUGAUAGUCUCUCAUCAUUCGUUGACUACUUUGAUUUUGAUGUGAUCUACAACGAGGCUGCAAUCUUCAACUUGACCAAUGGACGUCAUAUGGAUUCUAUACCCGACGUACCAGAUAGCGUGGUCCUUGAUGUCAGCGAUGGUCAGCGGAAUCAAAACACUCUCGGCCAACCUCUGCAGAUGUUACUUGAUAGUGGACAGCAGCGCAGUGACACGAGUCACCAGAAUGAAAUGACUCCUCGCAAUCAAUCCACGAGUGGCAAUGUGAGAAGUUCCAGCGCUAACAAGGUGAAGUCACGACGACCGCCAGUACAUGUCAUCAUUAUCCGACUCUAACUCCAAAUGCAUUAGACUGUACGGAUGAUGAGUCUGAAACUGCAGCAUGCAUCUAUAAAAAUUACUGCAUCUUUACCAAUUACGUCUUCUAAUUUAGAAAAGGGAAGCCUCGUCAGUGAUCAUCGGGAAAGUCUCGUACAUGUACACUCAUACAAAACCUCGUUAUCUGAAAGGCUGUUUAUCUACACAGAAUCUUAUUGUUCAUGAAUGCUCUGAGUCUUGGUGUCAGGAUCACACAAGGACUUAGGUGACAUACCAGCCAUAUCUCAGCUACACUCCAAUGUUGGCAUAGCUUCAUGAUUCAUUUCCUACUCACAAUAAGUGUCAAGUAAAGUCGGCGGAAUAGCGCGAGCUCCGGUGUGGGGAGCAAACCCUUUUUUACUCACAAUAAGUUACGUUUAACCUCUAAUGCUAUUUCCAUACACGUGUGGGGCUUUUAGUUGCUUUCUUCUACGCAUACUGUCACAUUUGCUAACAUGUCUUCAUUAGCUGCCACUUUGCUUCCGCCUUGACACCUUGCAUGCAGCGUUGUGCAUUUCCCAUCGUCUUCAUUCUUUAUUUCCGGCUUUCCACUGGUUUUUUUUAUUUGAAUCAUAACUUUCUUGCCAUCGGUGCUUGCCAUCGGUGAUGGCAAGAAAGUUACAAUUAUGAUUCAAAUCAAUCUACUUCGAAGUACAAU